UAUUUAACUUCGGCUGCAGAAUACUUUUUGAAAAUGUAGCCUAAUUCGCCCUCUGGUAAACUAGUAGGCGAAGUGUGACAGUGGCUGCUUUGACUCCUUCGCGUCACCAGUGUCAGACUCGAACUCCAGGAGUCCAAACCAACAAUAUUUACACGAAGACAGACUGACGGUGGAGAGAAGACGUCUUCAAAAGUCCCAGACGUGAUGGCAGAAACACGUAAAAAAAUUUAAACCUCAGUGAAAGAUCAGUGCUCCUUCUUAGCACAAGUUUACGUAGGGAUAGUCCACAACUUAAAACCUAGCAGGCGAAAUGAAGACGGACGGCGCAUUUCGUCAGUUUGUUGGUCCAUUACAAAGACAUGUCUAUUUAAUCCUUUCUUUGCCGACCUUUUUCACAGCCUUUACAUUUUUCGUGGAUAUCUUUACGUUACACAUUCUGCCUUGCAGUGAGAAUAUAGCGAGCAAAUCUAUGAACCAAACAGUGGACACUAAUAUUUUCAGUUUCAACAGCUCAACAAGUUGGACGGGCAAUCACAGCGAACUCACUCAGAGCCUCGAGUGUCACGAGGCGAAUCGUUUUGCUCACGGGCAAGCGACGUACAUGACCGGUUUACUGGUCGGCUCGGUGUUCAGUGGCGCUGUAUCUGACAAGUAUGGGAAGAAAUUCCUUCUGGUCUGCUGCUCAGCGGUCCACGCAGUUGCUACUCUUGUAGUGGCAUUUCUGCCGUAUGUGCCCGUGUACUUGACUGCGCGCGGCAUCAGUGGAGCAGCCUGCUGUGCCAUCCACAUCUGCUCCUACAGUUUAGGUGUUGAAUGGAGCCUGCCCAAAUAUCGUAUAUGGCCACCCACCCAGUUUUCCUUCAUCUUCAGUCUGGGAAUGAUGGGAUUGCCUGCCAUAGCUUUCUUAGUCAGUGGUUGGAUGCAGUUUCAUCUGGCACUGGGCAUCCCUCAGAUCCUCUUUCUACCUCUUUAUUUCUUUCUUCCAGAAUCGCCCAGAUGGCUGCUUCUAAAUAAGAGGAUGAAAACACUAGAGGGCUAUCAGAGCAGAAGUCCUGAGGACAGGGACUACUUGGGUCUUCUUCUGGAUUCCGUGGACAAUGAGAUCCAGAAGCCACUCUCAGAGAAGACCUCAACUAAAACGGAGUCUAAUUUUGCUACCUUUACAUCACCCACUAUACUCCUUCGUCUGUUUAUCAUGAGUUACAUUGGUUUUGCAUCUGCUCUCACCUAUUAUGGGAUCUGUUUCAGUGUGGGAAGUUUCGGUGUAAAUAUCUAUCUGGCUCAGUUUUUCUCUGGGCUUUCAGAGGCUCCCUCUUUACUGCUUCCAUUUCUGUUGAAGCGUUGGGGCCGCAGGCCGUUCUGCAUGGGGUCGCUGUUCCUCAGUGGAAUUUCCUGUAUGUUGUCCCUCCUUGUUUCCAAGUUCUGCGACGUGCCUGCUCUUGUUAUGACCCUGGCACUGAUGGGCAAGCUGUGUAUGCAGUACACCUACUGUGUCUCCAUGCUCUAUGGGAUUGAGCUGUUCCCAACUGUAAUACGGCAGAAGUGUGUCGGCCUGGUUAGUCUUUGUUACCGAGCGGCCUGUAUUAUAAAUGCUGUGGUGACCCCCGACGGAGGGAUCCCUCUACCAGCAAUGAUCUGUUACAGCAGUGGGCCGAUCAUCGGUGCAGCCCUGUGCCUGCUUCUUCCAGAGACCAGUGGCAUCCCUUUACCAGACACUGUACAAGACUGUAAGAAACAGCCCAGACUGAAGCUCCCGCUCCAUGCACGUUGGCCUAUGAAGCCUACACAGGAGUUGAAUGCUUGUUUCACCAAGGAGAAAACACGAAGAACCAAGCGGAAAGCAGCCCCCUCUCAGGAUGAUCAACAUGAGGAACAAAGCAGAAAUUGACUUUUUCCAUUUCAUUUUUAUUUCUUUUAAUGUC